CAUUGGCCCGGCCACACUGGGCCUGCUGGGCACUGCUUCCGCUCCACCCCGCUCCUCCACUGCUCAGCUGCCGCCGUGUGGGGCCACCAGGGGCAGGCAUCCCGGGGGCUUUGUCUGACUGGGCUGGGCCAGGGCAGAAUGGGGGUUCUGGCAGUGCUGUUGGGGAUGCUGGGCUUCCUGGGAGUGGCUCUGGGGGGCUCCCCUGCCCUCCCCUGGGACAGCACCUCCUGCCACUUGGCCAAGCCCAUCCCUGGCAACCCCCUGGGGUCCCUGAGCUUCCUGGGCAAGGAUGCUCAGGGACUGGCCCUGUUCCAUGCCCGCUGGGAUGCGCACAGGAGGCUGCAGGCGUGUAGCCGGCAGGAUGAACCUGAGCUCACUACAGCCUUCAGUGCCCUCUGUGCUCAUGGGACCACCCAGGGCUCCUUCAUCCACUCCCCUGGACCCGAGCUGCAGAGAGCACUGGCCAGCCUUCAGAGCCAGUGGAAGGCCUGCCGAGGGCCGGGGGAGGGGCCGGCAGGGGCCAGGAAGAAACGAGCAGCAGGGCAGAGUGGAGCACCCGGCAGAGGCCACCUGCGCGUGAAGAGAGGCUGGACCGUGCCUGGCACGCUGUGGUGUGGAGUUGGCAACUCCGCUGGGAACUCCUCGGAGCUGGGGGUCUUCCAGGGCCCCGAUCUCUGCUGCCGGGAACACGACAGCUGCCCACAGAACAUCUCACCUUUGCAGUACAACUACGGCAUCCGAAACUACCGAUUCCACACCAUCUCCCACUGCGACUGUGAUACCAGGUUCCAGCAAUGCCUGAGGAACCAGCGCGACUCCAUCUCGGACAUCGUGGGCAUGGCCUUCUUCAACGUGCUGGAGAUCCCCUGCUUCGUGCUGGAGCAGCAGGAGGCGUGUGUGGCGUGGUACUGGUGGGGCGGGUGUAGGACAUAUGGCUCAGUGCCCCUGGCUCGCCUCCAGCCCAGGACCCACUACAAUGCCUCCUGGAGCUCCCCGGCCACCUCCCCGACUCCCAGUCCCCAGAGCCCAGCCCCCACCAAGGCUCAACGGAACCAGCGUCCUCGGAAGUGGCCGCCACAGCGGAAAGGGCCCAAGCUCCCCAGCAAAGCCAACGCCACAGCCCUCCAGGUCCCCCUGGCCUCCCCCAGGCCUGAUGAGGCCGCCACAGCCCAGCUGGGGGUCUCCCAUCCAGGCCUUCAGGGCCUACGGGGUGGCCUAAAACCUCAGGGUGCCCGCCGGGCCUGCCGCAGCUUCCGCCGCCUAGACCAGUGUGAGCACCGGAUCGGGCCCCAGGAAACCAAGUUCCAACUGUUCAACAGCGCCCCUGAACCCCUCUUCCACUGCAACUGCACGCGCCGUCUCGCACGCUUCCUGAGGCUCCACAGUCCACCUGCGGCCACCAAUAGGCUUUGGGAGCAGCUGGGCACGACCUGCUUCAAGCUGGCCCCUCCACUCGACUGUGCCGAGGGGAAAGACUGUUCCAGAGACCACAGGGCCAUCAAGGUGUCAGCUCGGCAUUUGCGGAGGCAUCAGCAGAGGCGACUCCAGCUCCAGGAUAAAGGCACAGCUGAGGGGCAGGCAUGGCCUUUGGAGCACCCGGGGACGCCUGUGUCAUUCUACAACCAGUGCGUGCAGCUAACCCAGGCAUCUCAGAGACCUGAUGGGCAGCAGACAUCCUGAAGCCAGUGACCUCGGUUCCAGCUCUCCUGGCCUCCCGCCUGGACCUUGCUUGUGGCUUUGCCAGGCCCUGGGCAUCUCGGCCUCCUCUCCAUGGGUUAGACCAAAGCAUGGCAGAGGCUCUUACGGACAACCAGGAGGCUGAAUUGGGGGGACCCCGAAGCCCAAAUGCUGAACCUUGAGUUGGUGACACAAGCCCUCUGUGCCUGCCUGUGGUGUUCAGGAGGUUCACUCUGACGUCCUUGGGCCUUGCCAGGGAACUUCACGUACAGAUGGGAACAGGGAGAGGGUAAUUUAUUACAACAGCCCUGGGAAGGUACCAGUGGGAGGCACACGUAUGUCGGUGUUGCAAAAUCAAUACAUGUAUCAAGAACUCCCUAGGGGAGCCCCACAGCAUGGCUUCCGAGGCCUGCGGCAGCAAGUGGGGAAUUACGGGUGUCAUAGAAAUGCCUGUGUCUGAAUCCAGGAUAGGGAUGGGCAUCGGAGAGGGCUUCCCAGCUCCCCUCUUCCCAGGGGGGCCCCUUCUUUUAACAGCUGCUGUGGCCUUCCUGGCCCAGCCCUGGCCCACUCUUUCUGCCCCAAACCUAAAUUCAACUCUCCUCUGUGCCUUGGGCAGGGACCUCCCUCUACCACCCUGAACCUCAGUUUCCUCCUCUGAAAAAGGGAGUUGUAAACAACAGCUACCUCAUAGGGUUAUUGAAAAUUAAGUGAACCAAUACAUACAUGGUGCUUAGAACCUAGUAAACAUUCGCUCUCUCCAACAUAUAGCCAAACUGUGCUUUGGUGUCUGAUCUUGAGAGGCUGAUGUAAUCCUCUUAGGGGCCUCCGUUUGCUCACCUGUGAAAUGGGUCUAAGAAUAGCACGGAACCCACAGGGUUGUGGUGCAGAGUAAAGAA